AAGCGAAAUGUCAAACAAGUAUCGCUGCCUAUAUAAGGGAUCUGAUCUGAGAAAUCGAAACACUGUCGAGACAGAAAAGACCGGAAUAUAAGGCGGGGAGAGUUUCUUCUCUCCUCAAUGGAAGGCGGCGAACAGGUUCCCCCUUCGGCCACCGCCGCCAUUACAACGGCCGUUAAUGUCACCGCCUCGCCUCCUCCGCUCGUGGAUCCCUCUGUUGGUCCCGAUCUCACCGUUGCGGAAACUGAAAAUCACGCGGUGCUUUCAGACGAAGAGCACGGUCACGAGCUGGACCUUGACCAUGACCUUGACCACGAGCGCGAUUGCGAGCAUGACCAUGACGAACACAUCGGGGACCGCGAUCACGCCGCUGUGCCCGCUGUCUCGUCGGAGGAUCUCAAACUCAAGAUCAUUAAGCAGGUGGAGUACUAUUUCAGCGAUGAAAACCUGCCUAAUGACAAGUAUAUGUUGGGCUUUGCCAAGAAGAACAAGGAAGGGUUUGUUCCCAUAUCCGUAAUUGCUUCUUUCAGAAAAAUGAAGAAGCUCACCCGAGACCAUACAUUUAUUGUUGCUGCUCUGAAGGAGUCUUCACUGCUUGUUGUUAGCAGUGAUGGGAAAAGGGUCAAGCGGCUUCAUCCACUUCGUUUCAAUGAGGCUAGAGAUCAUAAGUUAUUUACUGUUUUAGUAGAGAAUUUGCCAGAGGAUCAUUCAAAGAAGAACAUUCAACGAAUAUUCCAUGAAGCUGGAAAUAUAAAGAGGAUAACAAUUAAUGACCCAUAUUCUACUUCAGAGUCCACAAAACAUAUAAAGCAAGAAAUGUUAAUCAGUAAUAAGUUGCAUGCUCUUGUGGAAUUUGAGACUAUUGAAGCUGCUGAAAGAGCUGUGGCUAUGUUAAAUAAUGAAGAAGACUGGAGAAAUGGGAUGCAUGUUAAACUUCUCAAGCGAAUGGGGAAGUUUGGACAGAAAAAACAAGCUUGGAAAGGACCUAAUUCUGAGAAAAAUAGCUCAAGCCAUGCAUCUGAACAAAUAGGAGAUGAGGAAAAUCAUGGCUCAAGUGAGCAUCAUGAAGAUACACGCGAGGAAGAGGAUGGGGAGCAUCACUCGAAGGAUAAAGGUGGGCAGAGGUAUAAAAAUCAAGGAAGAUCAAGAAAACAUAAAUAUCGUGCUGGAAAUGGAAUGGGUCAUGGAAGUACACCAUCAACUCACGCUGCGGAAGCAUCCAAGCCACCUCCUGGACCAAGAAUGCCAGAUGGAACAAGGGGCUUCGCAAUCGGACGAGGUCGGCCUUCUGUCCCUGCUUCUAAUUAGCAGCAAGAUUUGACGCCACACAUGAUUGAUUGUAUUUAGCAGUAUUUAUGUGUUACGGUGUUUUAGCCAUGGUACUACUUUUGACUUGGGUCCCUAUGCUCGAGUCGAAGUGGGUUUGUUGAACUCUUGAAUUUUGUAUCUCAAUCUUUGGAGCGAGUGGUGAAGUACAUACCCAUUUUAAGAUUAUUAGGCUGGGCAAGGUAGAAGUGUUUAUAUCGUGGUAAUCCUCACCUUACGAGGAAUCUGUGUAGCUAUCAUACGGUGUUGAAAGAAAGCCAUGUGUUUACUGACUGAAAUUUUCUUGUUUGGACAUUAUAAUUGGUCAUUGCCAGUUGUUGAAACAGUGGGACUAACUUCAAAAUUA